AUGGGACAUAAUAUAAAGGACGUCAAGGAAUGUAUUCACAAAAACAAGAAAAGCCUUUUCAAGUCAAGUGAAGUUCGUAAGAAGUUGAAGUCGAAUUUGAAACGAAACAUAUCAAACGAUUUUUGUGAAGAAUGUGUUCGACUUGCGAGCAAAUCUCCGUUUCCUGCUGUUUGGUUGUGUGUAUCGUGCGGUUAUAUGGGAUGUGAUAGCGACAAAGAACAACACGCUCUUAAACAUUGUAGAGCAGUUCGAUCCGGUGUCGAGCAUUCACUCUUCUUCUCACCUGCCAAUAAAACAUUUCGGUGUUUUUCGUGUGAAGUGAAUGUUGAUGUGGUUGAGGAAGGAAAUCAUCCAAUGAAAUCAUUCAUAAACGAAUAUAAUUCAUUCAUGAAAACUAAAUCAAAAAGUGAUGAUCACCUAAUGGCUGAUGCGGCGAGUACAACAAAUUCCACAUCGGAAGAACAAUCGUCAAGCAAUACCAUGCCAAUUAGUAGUGCAACCAAAAUAAUAAAUUCAUCGAAGAAAGAGAAGGAUAAAGAUAAAAAAAGAAUCGCAAAAUCUUUCAUCGAAAAUAGUCUCAAAAAAGAAGACAAAAAGGGUGCUUUCGUUCCAGUCAGAGGGUUGGUAAAUCUGGGUAACACAUGCUUCUUUAAUUCAAUAGUACAAUGUAUGCUUCACACGAAGGCAUUAUCAUUAUAUGUCGAAUUGGUUGGGAAACAAACUUCAGUCGACAUACCUUCGAUGAAGGUUUUCAUUGCGGACAAAGCAAUACAGGUACCAAGUGUUCAUUUGGAAUUAGAGCCGUUCAAUGGUCCACUGAACGAACAUUUUGCAUAUUUUCUUCGUGAUUUUCUUGCCGAAAAAGCCCUUCAUCCUUCGUCAUUAUUCAGUGAAAUCGCCAAAAAAGCACCACGUUUUCGUGGUUGGGCACAGCAGGAUGCACACGAAUUGUUGCGUUAUUUGCUCGAUGGAUUGCGGAGCGAGGAACUGAAUCGAUACAAAGCAGCUAUAUCCGAUCAUCUAAAGUUGCCGAAGAAUGUCACUUCCAGAUCUGUUCAACCCGAUAUUGUCGUACUUGCCAAGGGAAUGUUGAAAGGUUGUGGACGACCGUUAUUGGACGCGGUGUUCGGUGGUACUCUGCUGCAGACGGUGAAGUGUUCGAAGUGUGGUCAUUUGUCGAGAACUUUCGAGGAGAUGCUCGAUUUGUCGUUGCCUUUGCCGUCAACAUCAUCCAGAACCGUGUUCGGUGCAAGCGCGUAUCGAAUGCACAAGUCUGCAUCCGCAACUCUUAGCAAACAUCAGAAGAAGAAGGAAAAAGCGAACGCCAGAAAGAGGAAUCGACGUAAAUCACACGGUGAGAGUGUGUCGGUAGAUGGUAAUAAUGAGGCGAAUCAUGUGAAUGAGACCAAUUUGGAUAUGUCAGGGGAGAUGCCAAAUAUUGAUGACGAUGAUGAUGACUUGAAUGAUAACGAUGGAAAUGACGACUUACAGAAUGAUAACGGCAUUUCGUCAUCUAAAGAAGAUUUGUGUGAUAAUUUGAAUAAGUCGAUGAAAUUGAAUGGCGAUGAGGAUAUCGACGAGUGUUCGUUGUUGUUGAGCGAUACGCCGAUUGACGAUUGCGCUUCGACACUUUCGUCGUGUCUUAAAGCGUUCACUGCUACCGAAACACUCUCUGCUCCGAAUACGUACGAAUGUGAGAAGUGCUGUCUUCCGUAUAACAAAAAGAUUUGUAAUGGACUGAAGAAGAGAAGUGUAGAAGCAUCAAAGCGUUAUCUCGUCUAUGAACCGCCCGCUGUACUCACGCUUCAUUUGAAACGAUUUGAACAGAGGGUUGCGAAUGGUUCGAAAGAGGUUUUAUAUUCACUAUAUGGCGUCGUAUCGCAUUCGGGUGAUCUAUCAGGUGGUCAUUACGUUGCGUAUGUACGAAGUCGAUCCAAAUCUCAAAUUGCUAAUAAAUUCUUUGUUGAAGCGUUGAAUUCAUCCCAGAAUCAUUUUUUCACUUCAAAUGGUGUCAAUCGCAAUGCACAAAGCGAAGAGAACGAUUGCGCGUCACCAGAAUCGUCAUCGGCGUUGUGCAAAGGUGAAUGGUAUUACGCAAGUGAUAGUCGUAUUAGUAUUGUUCCUGAGUCGAGAGUUUUAGCUGCUGAAGCUUAUAUUCUCUUUUAUGAAAGAGUCCUUUAA